AUGUCAGAUAAUGUUACGAUAACAGUGUCCACGAAGAUUUACUGUUCUGUCCGUCGUCAGAUGGACGUCCAAUGGACGAAGCAGUUUUUCAAGGAAGUAGGGCUAGAAUGGAAUAACUGUGUUGGAGUAUGUACCGUCGGUGCAGCAGUAAUGACAGGAAGAAUAGUUGGAUUUCAAAUUAAAGUUAAAUCUGCAACCAAUGGACCUACUACUUUCACUCAUUGCAUGAUUCAUCGAGAGGCAUUAGUGGUUAAGAAAAUGUCUGCAGAUCUGAAUGCGGUACUACAAGAUGCGAUUAAAGUUAUCAACUUUAUUAAAAGUCGUGCACUUAAUAGUCGCCUCUUUGCAAGUUUAUGUGACAAAAUGGAAUCCAAUUUCAGCACACUUUUACUUUAG